AUGGCUUCCGCACCAACCUUCUCUUAUCCUCAGACAGUAAAAUAUCGCUGUCACAUCGUCGAGUAUGGCAUAGUAGUCAGAAAGUAUGGGUGGAGUGACCACCAGCGGUCCCGGAAGGUUAUGAAGCUGGACGAGCUUUGUCCGAAAUGUGAGAGGAAACUAGAAAGGAGGAUGCUUCGCAACUUACAUUGGUUGAACGACCGGAAUGACUUUACGAUUAAAUACGUUUAUCUUUACCGCGAUGGGGAAUCGCCCAUGUCCAGUCCCGAGUGGCCUUUGUAUACUGAAUCUGAGUCGGGAUCUACGGAUGAACACCGCUCGCCCCCAUGGGCAAUGUGGGCGGCUCUGAAAGACGACGGGAAGGAGGCGGGCGACGAGGUUGAUGAUGAUGACAAAAAUGAUGAUGAGAAGAAAGAGGAAGCAGAGGAACAAUCACCUGAACAGAAAUUGCUUUCUGUAAAACAUGUUGCCGCCGUGACUACGCGCCUGAUGAAACUGCUUACUGUCAUCGAGUCCCGAAACAGUCUGCUGUUAGCCCGCGAACUCCGAUACCAUCCCACCGGUAUCGAAAAUAGAUCUGAUAUGGAUGGAACCGUGGAGCCGUGA